AUGUCGCGCAACUCUACCGCGAUGGGGUAUAACAACCGUAUGAGCCAGCAAUUCCAAGGCACCCAGCACCACGGUCGAGGGCGCAAAAAGGAGGACGAGAAUGACGCCCUCAUGCGUCUGCCCGACAAAGAGAUUGCAGGAUGCAUCAACGAUAUCGGUAUACCGUUUACCCUCGCCGAUCUGGCCAAACCAAACGCCCAGCAAAUCCAGAUGGUGUUCGAAUGGUUCGCAGAACUGCUCAUGAACACGACCCGGGAGACAGUUGAGCCCGCAAUGCAUGCAGCUGCAGAAGAUCUAUGCGGCGACUACCCUGAUAUAGUUCCCAAUGACACGCGCAACCUCAUGGGUUUCUUCAUGAUGCUCCGAAAACUAUUGGCGGAGUGCGGUGUCAAUGACUUCACCUUCACAGACCUGACAAAACCAACGCACGAGCGACUCGUCAAAAUCUUCUCAUACUUGAUCAACUUUGUUCGAUUCCGAGAAUCGCAAACACCUGUGAUUGACGAGCACUUCAACAAGACAGAGAAAACAAAAUCGCGCAUUGACGAACUUCUCGCGGAAAAUCAAGAGAUGGAAUUAAGGCUGAGGGAGAUGCGACAGGACCUCCAAUCCAACGAAGCGCAUGUGAGAGAGAAAGUUUCCCGAAACGAUGCGCUCAAGGCGCGGUUAUUGGAACUGGGCCGAGAGCAGUCGCGAGUCGCAGAAACACUCGACCGAGUUAAGACGGAAAGAGCUCGGCGGCAGCAGCAGCUGGAAGAGAAGACCGAACGAACCGUGCGGUCUCGACAAGAAGCGGAGAAACUACGACCUUAUGUGCUCGAGUCUCCGGCUACCCUCCAGUCUUCACUGGCAGAACUAUCCGAAAAUCUGAUGCGUGAAAAAGCCUCCAUCGAUUCGAUGGAGAGGCGGGCACGUGCACUGCAGACCUCGUCGGAUACGUUCACUGUGGUUUCCAACGAUGUGCAGGGAUGUGUUAAAUUGCUUGAUGAUAUUUCCGCCGAAAUGCAAAAAGAGGACGAAGAGGAAUCUCGUGCUGCUAGGACAGCAGAGGCUAUCUCGGACAGGGGGAACAGCGUCCGCGAGGUCGAGCAGACCGAGAAGCUCUUGCAGCGUCAAAUGGCCCGUUGGGUCGAGCGUAUCGAGGCACUCCAGAAAAAUGCACAGGAGAAAGCCGAACUUGCGCAGGCACGCAUGGAAGAACUCAGAAAUGUCCAAAAACAACUCCGCGAGGAACGUGCGGAGAAACAACGCGAUAUGGAGCGAAGACGUAUUCGCAUUGAACAGACAGAGAAGAAGAUGGUCGACCUAAAGGAGAACAUUGAGAGCGAGAUUCAGUCAGCCCACGACCAGUACCUAAAGCUAGAGUCACAUAUCAAGCUGUACAUGACAGAGAUGGAGAAGUCUCUAUGAUCAAUCGGUUGUCAUUUAUGUGCGAAACAGGAGUUCAGCGGUCAGCUAUAGGAUACCCGGACAGUACAAAUCCAUUCUCAGGAGUUUUAUUAUGUUA